GGCCCUAUUCAGCCACAAACUGAGCUCACUGAGCUGCCCCUACCUCCCGUCCCGUCAAUGGCUGCUGCCCUAUCUCCGGCAGCUUCUCUCCAGCUACGUCCCUACCCUACUCUCCGCUUACUCUCCCUCUACUCCAGAGCCUCCACAACCCUACGCACCUCUCACUCCCUGCCGCCGCCUUUCCGCUCCCUACCUCGCCGGAGAUGCCUCUGCACUGUGAUCACCGGGGCGCUGUAUUCCGGCGAGAGGACCAAACGGGAGCUCGUAGAGAAGCCUAGGGGCGAAUUGGGCGAGAGAGUCGGCGAAUUCAGGAGGCGGCUGAAGAUUGCGGAGAUUAAGGGCAAGCCUGACGAAGGACUAGGCCGGGUCGGGCAGAGCAUUGCCGUUAUGGGCUGGGUUCGGACUCUCCGUGUUCAGAGCAGCGUCACAUUCAUGGAGGUAAAUGAUGGUUCAUGCCUUUCCAACAUGCAAUGCGUCCUGGGCUCCGAGGUUGAAGGUUAUGAUCAGGUGGAAUCUGGCUCAGUUUCAACUGGUGCAUCAGUAUGGGUACAAGGAGAAGUUGUUCCUAGCCAAGGAUCAAAGCAGAAGGUGGAAUUGAAGGUCAAAAAGAUAGUAUUGCUUGGCAAGAGUGAUCCUUCAUAUCCCAUCCAAAAGAAAAGAGUCAGCAAGGAGUUUCUGAGAACAAAGGCUCAUCUUCGACCCAGAACAAAUACAUUUGGUGCGGUUGCUAGAGUGAGGAAUGCUUUGGCGUUUGCCACGCACAAGUUUUUCCAAGAGAAUGGUUUUGUUUGGGUCUCCAGUCCCAUUAUCACAGCUUCCGAUUGUGAAGGCGCUGGAGAGCAGUUCUGUGUUACUACUUUGAUUCCAAGCUCAGGGGAAACAACUGAUACUCCUCUGGAUACCAUUCCAAAGACAAAUAAUGGGUUGAUUGAUUGGUCACAAGAUUUCUUUGGGAAGCCUGCAUUCUUGACUGUUUCUGGCCAACUCAAUGGCGAAACUUAUGCUACAGCUCUUUCUGAUAUAUAUACAUUUGGCCCCACUUUUCGAGCAGAAAACUCCAACACAUCAAGGCACCUGGCCGAAUUCUGGAUGAUUGAGCCCGAGCUUGCUUUUGCUGAUUUGGAUGAUGACAUGGCCUGUGCAACUGCCUAUCUCCAGUAUGUAGUGAGACAUAUACUUGAUAAUUGCAAGGAAGACAUGGAAUUUUUCAAUACUUGGAUUGAGAAAGGAAUAAUUGAUAGGCUGAGUAAUGUUGCUGAAAAAGACUUUGUGCAGCUAACAUAUACAGAUGCAGUCGAACUGCUUCUUAAAGCUAAAAAGAAAUUCGAAUUUCCGGUAAAAUGGGGGUGUGAUUUACAAAGUGAGCAUGAGCGUUACAUUACUGAAGAAGCUUUUGGUGGGUGCCCAGUAGUCGUCAGAGAUUAUCCGAAGGACAUUAAAGCUUUCUAUAUGCGGCAAAACGAUGACGGAAAGACCGUCGCCGCGAUGGAUAUGUUGGUUCCACGGGUUGGCGAGCUUAUUGGUGGAAGCCAAAGGGAAGAACGGCUUGAUUAUCUGGAAGCUCGUUUGGACAGCUUGAACCUCAAUAAAGACAGCUACUGGUGGUAUCUCGAUCUGCGCCGCUAUGGUUCAGUUCCUCAUGCGGGCUUUGGAUUGGGGUUUGAGAGGCUCGUGCAAUUUGCAACCGGGAUAGACAAUAUAAGAGACGCGAUACCUUUUCCCCGGACACCAGGCUCUGCCGAAUUCUGAUGGAAGAAUUCCUUAAAGCUAUUUAUUUAUGCAGAGUGGCAGGAUGAGUCCUUCCAAAUAUUUUUUUUGGUUCCCAGUUCUCAAGUCAGGUAGUGUAGGUUUCUUUUUACCCUUGGAUUUUUCCAUCUUAUAUACAGAUGAUGUAUUUUAUCCUUUGUCAAGUUGAUGUCCGAUCACGGACCUUCGACGCUACACCCGAUUUUUUUUGUAGUACAUUAAAAUUAUGUUCAGUGGACAAUAAGAGAGUUCAGGUUGAUAUA